CCUACUGUGGUGUUUGUCACACUAACACUAACUAAUGAGUUCUUCCGAGGAUGAGGGCGAGGGGAAGCCUCUCCUAAGUUCUGCGGCUCAUCAGCGAGAAGAGCUUAGCGAUGACGACGAGCUGUGGCUGCUGGACUCUAGACCAAAUGUACGCGGCGUCACACAGCGGCGAAGACCGGGACUGGCGAGAUUAGCAAUGCAGUCGUACGACGCCGCGAACGAGCUCGUCCAGAUGGAGGUCCGAGACCAUGAAUCCGCCAGCAGUGCAACCAGACGUCGCAGUGCGGCCGCCCAUCCAGGAAGGACGGCCUCGACUCGCAGCGCUAAAAGCGAAUCGUUCGUGAGCAGCUUUGAUGAUAAAUCGAAGUCAGUCUAUUCGUCCCUACCGGAGCGACAUUCGGCCACCAGUGGACGUUUGCUUACGCUCAUCGCAUCUACAGGGACGGCACUACAAAGUGAAUGCUCCACUCAAAUUCGCAACAUGGCGCCGGGGUUUACAUAUUCGGAUAUGAUACAACACUUACUGGUGAGUGGUGAGACGCUCGUCACGUCUCAAGGAAAGCAUCUCGUCUACUCCAGGAUUGUACUGCACAACGAGAAGGGAGAAGAGUACCGGCAUCUUCCGAGGGGGCAGGCCGUGCUCACCAACAAGCGCUUGCUGUUUUUGUCUUGCGAGCACAUGAAGAAAGCGACUCUUGAGGAGACCGUUGGUGUGCAUUCACCGCGGUACGUGUUACUUGCGAAGGAGGGCGACGCCACUGUCUACGUUCCUGUUCCUCUCGCGUCUCUGAAGGCUGUCGAGUUAGUCUCGUUCACGGUAUCGGCCCAUGCCGCAGAGAUAGCACAAAUGCCGGCGUGCUGUAGUGGUAUAUUUUGCUGCUUUCAAGCAUGUUUCCCUGGUAUUGCUUCCAGUUGGAAGAGUGGAAACAUCGCUCGCGAGAGACACGUUCAACGAAUCAUUCGCAUUGGUUUACUGAUGCCGCCUUGGGGAGAGAGAACAACGGCCGAGUUGCACUUACAUCCGGCGUUCUCUGUGGCACUUGCCACCGAGUUUCUUACUGCUUUACAGAAGCAUGCAAUGGGGAUUCAGACAUAAAUGCUAUCCAUGUGAACUCAAUAUUGCCGGCCUAGCUGUUUAUUUCUGCUCAUGAAAUUGUCAUAUUUUGAACGGUAGUUCGUCGCGAUUUCUUCUCACAUUUUAGAAUUUUUGUCGCAUCUAAUUGAUGCUGUUUGGAUGGUUUAAUUCUUAGAGCAAAGUUAA